AUGGCACACAACCUAAGAUCAAACCCAAAACGCAAUCCUAGGUACACAAAUGACAACCUUGAACUUUCACCCAACACAGAAGAAGCCGACACACAACCUAAGGACAAGAUAUCCAACCAACUAGGGACAGAGAAGACAACACACACUAAACCAUCACAAGAACACCAAAAUGAAGAGGAAUUACUCACCACAGAAGAACAUCAGACCAAACAACCUGAAGGAGAAGAACUUCACCCUAAGCCUAUCCAAAUGGACACUACUCCAACUACAAUCCCCACUACAUCUACACCACCUAUGGACCUAACUACACUAAUGACAUUUCUGAAUUCAAAAUUUGACAACAUAGGCCAUAAGAUUGAAACCACUAACCAAAAAAUUGAACACAACAACCAAGAAAUGACACAUAUCAGACAAACCAUCGAGAACAAUAACAAAAAAAUCGAAGAUAACAGUCAAAAAAUGGAACAACAAUUUACUGAACAUAGGCUCCUAAUCACUAAUACUAAACAAGAAAUAACCCAGUCACUCAAGACAUACAUCGAUGAACAGUGUAACAAAAUUACCACCGAUGUUAACCAAAGAUUCACUGUACAUGACACUAAAAUGGAAUCAGGACAAAAGGCCUUAAAAGAGGAACUAAUAAAUAAAUUUGAAUCUCAACUAACCUCUUUCACAAAAAACACCGAUUUAAAAAUCGAAAAUUUAGUCAAUGAACUACCAUUAACAAUCAAACACCAAACAGAACAGACUAUCAAACACAAUAAUGAGGAACUCGAAGAUUUAUUUGAUAGCAAAUACAAAGCCUAUGACAAACAACUAAAUCAGACACAAGACCGAAUGGAUCAAAUCCACAAAAUUACAGAACAACAUUCCCUAAGUUUAAAAGAAAAUACCACUCAAUUAGCCAAUAUACAUGAGAGCCUAACCCAACUAAAGAAUACACCUAGCCUAGAAAACCAAAACAAAGCUAAUGUUAACACAACAGGGAUACCUGAGGUAAUUAUUCAUUAUGAGGGCAACUACCAAAACGAGCUUAAUUCAUCCUUACCUAAAUUCAACAGAAAACACAAGAAUCCUUUAGUUUUCCUCGAACAAUUUGAAAAGUACUAUGAGACCUAUUUAAAACGAAGGGGCAAUAAAAAUCCACUAUCAUACUUAGAAAUGAUCGAAAUCAGCUUAGAAAAUUCUAGUGCUAGUUGGUACCAAAUAAUUAAAGAUGACAUUUUAGAUUGGGAAGACUUUAAAAGAAAAUUUAUCAACCAAUACUGGUCACAAUCGAUACAGAGAGCUUGGCGCAAAAAGAUAGAAUUCGAAACAUACAACGAGAAAAGUAGGCUAUCACGAAGUGAAUAUCUAAUUGACCGCUCACUAAUCCUAAAAUCAAUCACACCAGCAUUCACGGAGACCGACAUUGUAAAUAUUUUGUCUGACAAUUUUAACAACAGAAUUAGAGACUCAAGCAAAGUACAGAAUGUCACGAUUCUCCAACAUUUUAUUGAUAUUUUAAAUAAAGAAGACUUGGAAGACAAAACAGACCGGACCAAGAAAAAUAAUGAUGAUAGGCCUAAUCAAUUCACCAACUGUCGGAAUCAAAAAAGUUACCAAGACACUAGAAACCAACAUCGAAAUUUUAACCCUAAUAUUCAAGACACCUAUGACAAAUACAACAAUUAUAUACCACGACCACACUACAAUAAUUAUAAUACCAGGGACAGACAAUCAUAUAACCAUAAUCAGAAUCACCCUCAGUACCAACGAAACCCACCACAAUAUCGACCAAACAACAAUAGCCAACGGUACGACCGAAAUAAUCGACAGAUGCAGAACACCCCAAGACACCACUCUAGGGAGAGAUACAACGAAAACCCGUCAAACUACAGGGGAAACAGAAAAAAUUCGCCAGAAAACAACAAUAGCCCACGAUUCGACAUUCGCCAUCUACAGCUACAGGGUCAACGACCAGAUCCAGAAGUGAGGUCAUCGAACUCAACCACCAGUUACAGCCGACUCACCAGGGAGCAGCAGGAUCUCAUCAAUAGUUUACAACUUGAGCCUAGCAGUACAACUAGACCACGGAGCGACUCACUACCAUCUACACGACACCUAGCGACUGGACACAGAACGAUGAGCUACGAACUUCUUUACCGACCUCAGUACUGUCAACAGCAGUCUAGAACCACGACUCCAAAUAACAACAAUCAUCCAAGUAACACUACGCAUCCGGAAAACUCCAACGCGUAA